AUGAGUAUCAUUGCUGUUGCAGGAGGCACGGGAAGUGUGGGACGAACAAUCGUCGAGGCGUUGACUGCUACGGCUAAACACAGCGUGAUUGUCCUCUCACGCACUCCGAGACCCAGCACCAAAGAUGUCACUUAUCUCGAAGUGAACUAUCAAGAUGUUGAAGCGACCGCUGCCACCCUGGAGUCCGCCAAUAUUGACACGGUGAUCUGCGCAAUCAGCAUGCUGUCUGAGGAGUCGAGUCAAACCCAAAACAAGCUGAUCGACGCAUCGGCCAGGUCAAACGCGACAAGGCGCUUUGUGGUCAGCUCAUUCGACAUCUACUUCAAGGAAGAACACAUUGGAACUGUCCCCGCCGCAAAAUGGCAAUUCGACGCCCUCAAUGCCUUGGCGAAAACAGGUUUAGAGUACACUCGCGUUGUCAACGGUUUUUUCCUGGACUACUACGGCAUGCCUUAUUGGCCUACCCAUCUGAAACCAUGGACCAACUCGGUCUCAGUAGCGGGCAAAUGGGCCGUCAUUCCAGGUGAUGGAACAUCCAAGGGAAGCUUCAUCACGUCACAGGAUAUGGCGAGAUUUGUAGCUCGAAUGAUGGAUUUGCCAAAGUGGAAAUCGCUCACGGCAAUCGUGGGAGAGGAACUUACGUUUUUGCAGAUUACUGAGAUAGCGGAGAGAGUGCGUGGUGAGAAAUUCCGCGUUAUCUUUGAGAGCAUGGAUAAUAUUGCAAACGGCAAGAUUUCAUUCCCGGAGUUCCCAGAAGCAGACUAUGGGUUUUCAGACGAACAAUGGGAAACCGCACUCGCAGGCAUCCAUUACCUAGCCGGGAUGGAUGUGGCUUUGGUGAAGACCGAUGAUCCUCUCAAUGAUCACUUUCCGGAGCUCAAGCUGACAACCAUCUCGGAAGUUAUUGAGUCAUCCUGGACGGGUAGAUGA